UUGUGGGGCGUGUUUUUGUUGUCUGUGUCUACAUUGAGUAACUCGUACAUAGAUUCUUUUAACCAUGUCUGACCACAUCAAGCAGGAGACAUCUGAGCUACUGGAGAAUUACUUACAGCACUGCCUGUGCGGCGUGUGCGCAGGAGAGCAGCAAGCCCUGAGCCCCGCAGCGCGGACACUGCGCAGGGUAGCUGGGGAAAUGCUCAGCUCUAACCACUCCUUCUUCGAAUCCUGUGAGAAGAUCCAUGGGGACCCUCGGGAAAUACUAAAAUCUGUGGCAGCCCAGUUGCCCGAGAAUGGGGGGCUUAAUUGGGGGCGAGUGGUGUCACUUAUCGUUUUCGCUGGGAUCUUAACGCAAAAGAAGAGAGACCACAAUGCUGGGACCCCCAAGGAGCUGGCCGAGGUGCUGAGUUACUUCUUGACUGAGGAGCACAGAGACUGGCUACAGAGUAAUGGAGGAUGGGAUGGUUUCCAUAAGCACUUUAAUAAAACUGGUGUAAGACAACAACAGGAGAGCAACACAGUUUCCAAUGCUCUGAUGGCAGCAGCUGGAUUUGGACUUGCUGGCUUAGCUUUUCUUAUGGCUGUACGAUAAACUGUACAAUAAUGUAGUGAACUGCUGUAAAGAUACCUCCUGAACCUUCACAACAUAGGAACUUCUGGGCUUCACCACUGCAGGCAAACAUUUGUGUUACAGAACUCUCAAGAGUUUAUGAGACCAGCAUGUAUUGAAGCAUUGAACACUGCCAUACUAUUGUUUCAUUUUUUAUUCCAGAUUGUAUAGAUGUUCAAGCAUAUGUAUUUUUUUUAUUUAUCUUAAUAUUUUUUCUUUUAAAGUUUGAGACCCAGACAAGUAAAAAUAAAAUUGGUGUCCAUGGACCAAUUGGUUGAAUGAGUCUCUUCUUGGUAAUUUAAAGAGAGACUAUAAUUUGAACCAUAUUUAUUUUCUAUUUUGCCCUCUGUUCAGCAAAAUAGGUAUAUGCAAAUGUUUAUCUGUAAUUUAAUUUGAAAAAGAAUACAAAUGAUAAUAUAUAAUUUUAAUAUUUUUUUAAUUCUGAUUUCGAUUUAAGUUAGCACAAUCACCAUGAUUACUCAAAUUUUAUAAAUGGUACCAAAUCAUUUCUGACUCAUUUAUCAUGGAAAAAAAGUAUAAAAAUUCUCUUAAACUAGUUAACAUAAGUAAUCUAUAAAGUUCCUUAUCAAUACAGUUUGCUUUUGUAACCUCUUUAAAGAGCAUCGUUAGAAUGGAAGUCAUUGUAGGAAAUUAAUUAAUCAAUUUUGUACUUUUCGCAAAUGUUUUCAGAUUAGUAAAUAUUUGCUGUAUAUAUGAAGUUCAUCUCCUUGUUAUCACCGUAUAAACAUUUUUAACAAAGUAAAUGAAGUGGAGAUUUUUGAUAAAUCUUUCACUGUUUACUGAUGAGAAGUAUAUAUACAUACUCUAGCAAAAUAUAUUUGUAUAAUUUAUGCUGUAAUAAAGCAAAUUCUGACUCCCUGGAAAUCUGGCAUUUCUGUGGGUGAGCAUUUCAUAAAUAUUUUUUUCUCCAAAAUAUAAUAUAUUGUGAAUGAUUCCUUAUGUGUUUUGAUUGCAAUACAACUGUUGUACAAUACCAACCUUGUAGUGUUUUUUAUGUAUGUCUUUCUGUAAAGUACAUUUAUACAUAUAUAUAUAUAUAUAUAUAUAUAUAUAUAUAUAUAUAUAUAUAUAUAUAUAUAUAUAUAUAUAUAUAUAUAGAUAUAAAAGUGUUUGGUCAAUAUUAAAGGGACAUAAAACAACUUGAGAUAGUGGGGGGUUGCUGUUGGAAAAACAGUUGUGUUAAUGUGAUCAGAAAACUUUCCUACUUGGCCUGUAUGUUAUUUAAUUGCAAUACUGCACAUAGGUUUUAAAUUACAAGCUGUUUUAUGUUCCUUUAACCAUAUAGUCUCUCAUUCCAGCCCAUCAAAAUUCUCAUGCGAUGCACCUCACUUGGCUUUUAUUGCAGGGUUUUCUGAGCCAUUAGAAAACAUACACUUUUAUUAAAAUUAUUUGUAGUGCAAUAACACCAGUGUCUCAGAAAAUACCCUUUCUACUUUUGAAAAACAAAUUUGACCUGUUUGCACAGCUUUUUAUUCAAUGAUUAAGGUUUUGCACAUCCUCAGUUCAUGUAUUUAUAAACUUAUAUAUAUUAAAAUUAUUGCACAAUUUGCACUUUUACAUUAUGAAACAUCUACUCGCAUGAAAUCAUCAGUAUGUCCAUUUAUGAUUACAAAGAGGUGUUUUGAAUUAAAAAAACGUUAAUUAUAGAAUGACUCAAAAUAAUUUAAAUGAUAAACUGCAUACAUCUCAUAAGUUGAUGUUAAAUGUCGACUGAAAAAAUGCAUUAGACAUUCAUCAAUGUUAAAACUAUUCAUUGUUAUCUUUUACUUUAGCUGAGUCACAUAGCUCGCUAGAUGAAACAAUGCAAACAUUACAUAUUCUGCCAUACAAUACUGAUGGAUUGGAAUGGGGAAACUUGGUUCACUUCAGAAAAUACACUGCUUAGUUAAAACCUUAAAGGGACAUUAAACCCAAUUUUUUUUCUUUCAUGAUUCAGAUGGAGAAUACCAUUUUAAACAAUUUUCUAAUUUACUUCUAUUAUCUAAUUUGCUUCAUUCUCUUAAUAUUCUUUCCUAAAAAGCAUAUCUGGAUAGGCUCAGUAGCUUCUGAUUGGUGGCUGCACAUAGAUGCCUCAUGUGAUUGGCUCACCCAUGUGUAUUGAUAUUUCUUUAACAAAAGAUAUCUAAAGAAUGAAGCAAAUUAGAUAAUAGAAGUAAAUUGGAAUGUUGUUUAAAAAUGUAUUUUCUAUCUGAAUCAUGAAAUAAAUUUUUUGGGUUUAAUGUCCCUUUAAAGGCAUUGUAAAUUUUAUUUUUUGCAAUGUUUUAAAAGCAUUGCAGAAUUGUAUUGGUCAGGAUACCAACUCCUACCCAAUUGUAUCCUUUGGUUCUUGCUUAGCUGUGCUGCCAGCCCUGUUUUUUAUUUAUUAUUUAUCUUGUGUAUGUUGAAACGGAGGUGGGCGGUACAUCCGCUCAGAUGAAGUACCGCACAGCUGGAAAGUCACACAGAAAUGAGCAGAGAAUCACAAGUUCAUUGCUGUGUGACUUUUCAGCUGGUAGCAUGCUGCCAUUACUGUCUAUGGUGUAUGUGCUAAGGCAUCUGACUGGCUGUACCGCCCACCUGUAUUUGGAUAAAAAGAAGAACAAAAUAAGAGUUUUGGGAAGGGGUCUAAAAUUGUGGCAUAUAUCAGAGCAGCACCUACAGGGUACACAAAUAUGUACCCUAUACGAUGUCAUCAGCUAGAAAGGGGUUACUGGGCAAUACAAUCCUGAUAUGCUUUCAAAUCCUUGCAGGAAAUAUUUACUGUCCUUUUUUUCUUAGUUUUUUUUUUAGAUAAUGUUAACUUUACAUGGGAAAAUUCUGCCUGGUGGAACAAAACAUUGAUUGUUUUAAUGAACAGUAAUCUCUUUAUAGAUGGUUUAUGCCAUUCUUUAUUAAAGUGCUGAUAUUAGUUUCAAUAUUCUGUUGAAAAUGUGUUCACAUCAUAGUUUUAUUCUUUUUUUACAUUUUAGUUUUAGUUGAAGUUUUACUGAAUACAAAGAUCCACACUGACUUUAAAGGGGAGUUAUAAGAGAAAAGGUUGAUUAAUGUAUUAAAUAUAAAUUUUUCUUUAGUGAUAUAAAAUGUGGUGUGUGUGUGUAUGUGUGUGUGUGUAUAUAUAUAUAUGUAUAUGUGUGUACCCCUUAUAUUAUUUUGAUAAGCAAGGGUUUUAAUUGGUUUCACACAUAGAAGAUAGACAAAAAUGAUCCUAGAGCAGGGGUGGGGAAUUAUCGGCCCUCCAGAUGAUAUGGACUACAUCUCCCAUGAUGCUUUGCCAGCAUUAUGGCUGAAAGAGCAUCAUGGGAGAUGUAGUCCAUAACAUCUCAAAGGGCCGAUAAUUUCCCACCCCUGAGGAUUAAACAUCAAUCCCGCUCUUCUUUUUAAGAACGGUGAUCUUACAGCACAAGCAAUCAUUUUAGUUUCACCAGGUUAGAAUUUUAAUGUAUUUUGAAAUUUUUGUACAUGUUUACGUACUACAUCUUCCCUAACAGCUGGGGGGAAAAUGUUGCAUGUGCACAAAUAACCUCAACUGUUAAUAAAGUUAAAUUGAUAAAA